AUGUCCCAAUCCUUCACCCCCGCCCAAGUCUCCUCCCACAACACCCCAGACAGCCUCUACAUCAUCAUCGACCAGGCCGUCUACGACGUGACCAAGUUCGUCGACGAGCAUCCGGGCGGGGCGAAGAUCCUGAAACGCGUGGCGGGCAAGGAUGCCUCGAAGCAGUUCUGGAAGUAUCAUAAUGAUGGGGUGUUGAAGAAGUAUGCGCCGAAGCUGAAGGUUGGGGAGGUUAAGGAGGUGGCGAAGUUGUGA